AUGCAUGACAUCGCAAAGUCGGACAUCUCCCCCAACUUGGACCGUGACAAGAUGUUCAACGAGCUUUGGUGGUUGAACUAUUGCUUCUGUGCGGGUGUUGGCAUUGGUGCAGUUGGAAAUCCAUUCUUUGGAGGAGAAGCUGUGAACAUUUGCCUCCACAGCAGGUGCGAGAUGACAGAUGUGGGCGACCCCUUUUGCUCCAACAUCCGCGUUUGCCUGUGCAUCACGGACCAGUGCUCUUUGCCCCCAGCCGAAGGAUCUCCAAUCUGCGUUUGCUUCAACAAAAAGCUUGCGGGUGGUGAUGGAUGGAGUGGCCAGCAACUCUUUGACUGGUCUACCAGCUUUGGUGACACCUUCUGGCUCUACUACAUCUUCUGCAUGGGUCUGGGCUUUUCUGCCCCGCAAGCCAAUGGCCGUCCUUUGUUUGCUGUCCAGGCGAAGGAGCUGUGCAUCAAGGGCAGAACAAAGUUGACCACGCCUAUGGAGGGAGGCAAACUGUGCUCCAUGGUGAGCACUCGCCUGUGCUUCUGGGAGCAGUGUGCUCUGCCACCAGCAGAGGAAGCUCCUAUGUUCGUGUGCUUCAACCUUCUCAACAAGAAAGGGGCCUCAGCAAAGUCCCAAUUUCUUGAGACAAGCACCAUGCCUGACAUCGCAAAGUCGGACAUCUCCCCCAACUUGGACCGUGACAAGAUGUUCAACGAGCUUUGGUGGUUGAACUAUUGCUUCUGUGAGGGUGUUGGCAUUGGUGCAGUUGGAAAUCCAUUCUUUGGAGGAGAAGCUGUGAACAUUUGCCUCCACAGCAGGUGCGAGAUGACAGAUGUGGGCGACCCCUUUUGCUCCAACAUCCGCGUUUGCCUGUGCAUCACGGACCAGUGCUCUUUGCCCCCAGCCGAAGGAUCUCCAAUCUGCGUUUGCUUCAACAAAAAGCUUGCGGGUGGUGAUGGAUGGAGUGGCCAGCAACUCUUUGACUGGUCUACCAGCUUUGGUGACACCUUCUGGCUCUACUACAUCUUCUGCAUGGGUCUGGGCUUUUCUGCCCCGCAAGCCAAUGGCCGUCCUUUGUUUGCUGUCCAGGUGAAGGAGCUGUGCAUCAAGGGCGGAACAAAGUUGACCACGCCUAUGGAGGGAGGCAAACUGUGCUCCAUGGUGAGCACUCGGCUGUGCUUCUGGGAGCAGUGUGCUCUGCCACCAGCAGAGGGAGCUCCUAUGUUCGUGUGCUUCAACCUUCUCAACAAGAAAGGGGCCUCAGCAAAGUCCCAAUUUCUUGAGACAAGCACCAUGCCUGACAUCGCAAAGUCGGACAUCUCCCCCAACUUGGACCGUGACAAGAUGUUCAACGAGCUUUGGUGGUUGAACUAUUGCUUCUGUGAGGGUGUUGGCAUUGGUGCAGUUGGAAAUCCAUUCUUUGGAGGAGAAGCUGUGAACAUUUGCCUCCACAGCAGGUGCGAGAUGACAGAUGUGGGCGACCCCUUUUGCUCCAACAUCCGCGUUUGCCUGUGCAUCACGGACCAGUGCUCUUUGCCCCCAGCCGAAGGAUCUCCAAUCUGCGUUUGCUUCAACAAAAAGCUUGCGGGUGGUGAUGGAUGGAGUGGCCAGCAACUCUUUGACUGGUCUACCAGCUUUGGUGACACCUUCUGGCUCUACUACAUCUUCUGCAUGGGUCUGGGCUUUUCUGCCCCGCAAGCCAAUGGCCGCCCUUUGUUUGCUGUCCAGGUGAAGGAGCUGUGCAUCAAGGGCGGAACAAAGUUGACCACGCCUAUGGAGGGAGGCAAACUGUGCUCCAUGGUGAGCACUCGGCUGUGCUUCUGGGAGCAGUGUGCUCUGCCACCAGCAGAGGGAGCUCCUAUGUUCGUGUGCUUCAACCUUCUCAACAAGAAAGGGGCCUCAGCAAAGUCCCAAUUUCUUGAGACAAGCGCCAUGCCUGACAUCGCAAAGUCGGACAUCUCCCCCAACUUGGACCGUGACAAGAUGUUCAACGAGCUUUGGUGGUUGAACUAUUGCUUCUGUGAGGGUGUUGGCAUUGGUGCAGUUGGAAAUCCAUUCUUUGGAGGAGAAGCUGUGAACAUUUGCCUCCACAGCAGGUGCGAGAUGACAGAUGUGGGCGACCCCUUUUGCUCCAACAUCCGCGUUUGCCUGUGCAUCACGGACCAGUGCUCUUUGCCCCCAGCCGAAGGAUCUCCAAUCUGCGUUUGCUUCAACAAAAAGCUUGCGGGUGGUGAUGGAUGGAGUGGCCAGCAACUCUUUGACUGGUCUACCAGCUUUGGUGACACCUUCUGGCUCUACUACAUCUUCUGCAUGGGUCUGGGCUUUUCUGCCCCGCAAGCCAAUGGCCGCCCUUUGUUUGCUGUCCAGGUGAAGGAGCUGUGCAUCAAGGGCGGAACAAAGUUGACCACGCCUAUGGAGGGAGGCAAACUGUGCUCCAUGGUGAGCACUCGGCUGUGCUUCUGGGAGCAGUGUGCUCUGCCACCAGCAGAGGGAGCUCCUAUGUUCGUGUGCUUCAACCUUCUCAACAAGAAAGGGGCCUCAGCAAAGUCCCAAUUUCUUGAGACAAGCACCAUGCCUGACAUCGCAAAGUCGGACAUCUCCCCCAACUUGGACCGUGACAAGAUGUUCAACGAGCUUUGGUGGUUGAACUAUUGCUUCUGUGAGGGUGUUGGCAUUGGUGCAGUUGGAAAUCCAUUCUUUGGAGGAGAAGCUGUGAACAUUUGCCUCCACAGCAGGUGCGAGAUGACAGAUGUGGGCGACCCCUUUUGCUCCAACAUCCGCGUUUGCCUGUGCAUCACGGACCAGUGCUCUUUGCCCCCAGCCGAAGGAUCUCCAAUCUGCGUUUGCUUCAACAAAAAGCUUGCGGGUGGUGAUGGAUGGAGUGGCCAGCAACUCUUUGACUGGUCUACCAGCUUUGGUGACACCUUCUGGCUCUACUACAUCUUCUGCAUGGGUCUGGGCUUUUCUGCCCCGCAAGCCAAUGGCCGUCCUUUGUUUGCUGUCCAGGUGAAGGAGCUGUGCAUCAAGGGCGGAACAAAGUUGACCACGCCUAUGGAGGGAGGCAAACUGUGCUCCAUGGUGAGCACUCGGCUGUGCUUCUGGGAGCAGUGUGCUCUGCCACCAGCAGAGGGAGCUCCUAUGUUCGUGUGCUUCAACCUUCUCAACAAGAAAGGGGCCUCAGCAAAGUCCCAAUUUCUUGAGACAAGCACCAUGCCUGACAUCGCAAAGUCGGACAUCUCCCCCAACUUGGACCGUGACAAGAUGUUCAACGAGCUUUGGUGGUUGAACUAUUGCUUCUGUGAGGGUGUUGGCAUUGGUGCAGUUGGAAAUCCAUUCUUUGGAGGAGAAGCUGUGAACAUUUGCCUCCACAGCAGGUGCGAGAUGACAGAUGUGGGCGACCCCUUUUGCUCCAACAUCCGCGUUUGCCUGUGCAUCACGGACCAGUGCUCUUUGCCCCCAGCCGAAGGAUCUCCAAUCUGCGUUUGCUUCAACAAAAAGCUUGCGGGUGGUGAUGGAUGGAGUGGCCAGCAACUCUUUGACUGGUCUACCAGCUUUGGUGACACCUUCUGGCUCUACUACAUCUUCUGCAUGGGUCUGGGCUUUUCUGCCCCGCAAGCCAAUGGCCGUCCUUUGUUUGCUGUCCAGGUGAAGGAGCUGUGCAUCAAGGGCGGAACAAAGUUGACCACGCCUAUGGAGGGAGGCAAACUGUGCUCCAUGGUGAGCACUCGGCUGUGCUUCUGGGAGCAGUGUGCUCUGCCACCAGCAGAGGGAGCUCCUAUGUUCGUGUGCUUCAACCUUCUCAACAAGAAAGGGGCCUCAGCAAAGUCCCAAUUUCUUGAGACAAGCACCAUGCCUGACAUCGCAAAGUCGGACAUCUCCCCCAACUUGGACCGUGACAAGAUGUUCAACGAGCUUUGGUGGUUGAACUAUUGCUUCUGUGAGGGUGUUGGCAUUGGUGCAGUUGGAAAUCCAUUCUUUGGAGGAGAAGCUGUGAACAUUUGCCUCCACAGCAGGUGCGAGAUGACAGAUGUGGGCGACCCCUUUUGCUCCAACAUCCGCGUUUGCCUGUGCAUCACGGACCAGUGCUCUUUGCCCCCAGCCGAAGGAUCUCCAAUCUGCGUUUGCUUCAACAAAAAGCUUGCGGGUGGUGAUGGAUGGAGUGGCCAGCAACUCUUUGACUGGUCUACCAGCUUUGGUGACACCUUCUGGCUCUACUACAUCUUCUGCAUGGGUCUGGGCUUUUCUGCCCCGCAAGCCAAUGGCCGCCCUUUGUUUGCUGUCCAGGUGAAGGAGCUGUGCAUCAAGGGCGGAACAAAGUUGACCACGCCUAUGGAGGGAGGCAAACUGUGCUCCAUGGUGAGCACUCGGCUGUGCUUCUGGGAGCAGUGUGCUCUGCCACCAGCAGAGGGAGCUCCUAUGUUCGUGUGCUUCAACCUUCUCAACAAGAAAGGGGCCUCAGCAAAGUCCCAAUUUCUUGAGACAAGCACCAUGCCUGACAUCGCAAAGUCGGACAUCUCCCCCAACUUGGACCGUGACAAGAUGUUCAACGAGCUUUGGUGGUUGAACUAUUGCUUCUGUGAGGGUGUUGGCAUUGGUGCAGUUGGAAAUCCAUUCUUUGGAGGAGAAGCUGUGAACAUUUGCCUCCACAGCAGGUGCGAGAUGACAGAUGUGGGCGACCCCUUUUGCUCCAACAUCCGCGUUUGCCUGUGCAUCACGGACCAGUGCUCUUUGCCCCCAGCCGAAGGAUCUCCAAUCUGCGUUUGCUUCAACAAAAAGCUUGCGGGUGGUGAUGGAUGGAGUGGCCAGCAACUCUUUGACUGGUCUACCAGCUUUGGUGACACCUUCUGGCUCUACUACAUCUUCUGCAUGGGUCUGGGCUUUUCUGCCCCGCAAGCCAAUGGCCGUCCUUUGUUUGCUGUCCAGGUGAAGGAGCUGUGCAUCAAGGGCGGAACGAAGUUGACCACGCCUAUGGAGGGAGGCAAACUGUGCUCCAUGGUGAGCACUCGGCUGUGCUUCUGGGAGCAGUGUGCUCUGCCACCAGCGGAGGGAGCUCCUAUGUUCGUGUGCUUCAACCUUCUCAACAAGAAAGGCCAGCACGGAGACGGCACCAAAGUCUCCGCAAUCUCAGCUGCCAGUGGCUCCGAUCCCAGGUCCUUGGAAAGGGCCAAUGAUUUGUUGGGAAUUAGCGUAGAGGCUGCGUCCUCGGAGUCCUUCGUGGCUUUACGCGUGGCGUCGAUCAGCGAACGUGGUGUGGUGGGGCAACGGAACCGAACCUCGACGCAGCAGUUGAGGGAAGGUGAUGUGAUUCUGGAGAUCAACGGGGUGAAGGAGGACGUCGAAGCCAUGCGAAGUGAACUUCAGGAGCCAUGCCUGAAGAUGCUGGUUCGAUCAACCUCGAGAUUUGAGACCGACGAGUUUGGUCGAAAGAUAGGAGCGAAACCCCAGAACUUUGUUCUGCCACAUGCUGAAAUCAAAGGCGACAUGCCCCGCUGCCGCUGUGGAGGGCACUGCAAGUGUGGACUCGCAGAUGCGCUUGGUCGAGCGCGAGACGAUCGAAAGAUGGCACAAGCGCAACCUGCCUUGCACAUUGGCAAUCUUCAUCCGGAGGUUUCUGAAGAAAUGCUCUACGACUUUUUCGUGAAGGUGGCUCCCGUGGCCACCGUGCGUGUGGUCAGAGACACGAAAACACUGGAGUCCGAGUAUCACGGCUAUGUGAAUUUCUACACCUUUCAAGAUGCAGAGAAGGUCCUGAAAACUCUGGAUGGUGCAGUUGUGCAUGGUCGGAGAUGCUUCUUAAGCUGGUCCACUCGAGCCAAGCAAACCACAGAGUUGCCUUUGGCACUGCCAAUUUCAUCGGUGGCGAAGCCACAGAUGGUGAAGGCGUCGCUGCGUCGAAGAUGUGAGGCAUUCACGUGUGAUGUCCUGUGGGAGUACCACAGUCCAGCUGAUCCGUUUCAGCCCAAGUGGACGCUACCGCGUACGCCGCCUGAAGUGGAAGAAAGGACGGAGUGCAGCUCCGACAUGUCGGGCUUCAGCUCCGAAAGGUCCGGCUCCGUGGAGGUUGCCGUCCAGACCGACGAACAUCGGAGCGAUGUUCAUCAACGCCCAAAGACGCCUAGGCGUUGCCUGGGGAUUUUGCUACUCCUGGCUACUCUCGCAGGCCUUCCCCAGUGGACCACCAAAGGUAGAGGUGAACCCUUGGCAUUUCUGCCCACGUUGGAGGUGGUACAAGAAGUUGCGGCAUCGCUUCAGGGUGGCUGCCAGGUGAAUUUGACGGAGAUGUCAAAGUUACAGGAGGCGUUGCAAGAAUGUCAGCUACAAGGUGCUCAACUUUUUCUUGAGCUGUUGAUGGUGCCCCAAAAAAGAAGACUAUGA